AUGAGUAAAGGUAUGUGCACUUUUAGUCAGUACCUAGGAAGAAAAUUACGUUUUGAGACCCCUCUGCGCUUUGGAGACCUCUGCUGUACCGUCGCUCGAGGCGCGCUGACGUCGCCGCCCGGCGUGACGUGUGUUCCUGUGACGCGCAGAAAUUUUAAACUCUCGUCCUUCUCAGUGAUGGCGGCUUCGUUUCGCUCUCUCCCCGCAAGCAGUAACAACAAAUGGUACUUCACCCGGCAGCAGAUCGACAACAGCCCAUCUCGGCGAGCUGGACUUGAUCCCGACAAGGAGCUCUCAUACAGACAACAGGCGGCGAACCUCCUCCAGGACAUGGGACAGCGGCUCAAUGUCUCUCAACUUACAAUUAAUACAGCCAUUGUGUACAUGCAUCGCUUUUACAUGAUCCAGUCCUUCACCAGAUUUCACAGAAAUGUCAUCGCACCUGCUGCUCUGUUCCUGGCAGCAAAGGUAGAGGAGCAGCCUCGAAAGCUGGAGCAUGUCAUCAAGGUGGCCCAUGCCUGCCUCAAUCCCCAGGACCCUUCACCAGAUAUUCGCAGUGAUGCCUACCUGCAACAAGCCCAAGACCUGGUCAUUCUUGAGAGCAUAAUUCUCCAGACCUUGGCUUUUGAAAUCACCAUCGAUCAUCCUCAUACACAUGUUGUCAAAUGCACUCAGCUUGUCAGGGCAAGCAAGGAUUUGGCCCAAACAUCAUACUUUAUGGCCACCAACAGCCUGCACUUGACAACGUUCUGCCUGCAGUAUAGUCCGCCUGUUGUAGCCUGUGUGUGCAUCCACCUCGCCUGCAAAUGGUCCAACUGGGAGAUCCCCGUGUCUACAGAUGGCAAACACUGGUGGGAGUAUGUUGACCCUACAGUUACCCUCGAGCUGCUGGACGAACUUACACACGAGUUCCUGCAAAUCCUGGAGAAAACACCCAGCCGACUGAAGCGAAUUCGCAACUGGAAGGCUGGCGGACAGACACCAAAAGCCAAGCCAAAAGUCCAGGAGGAGGGUGACCAGAGGGACACCAUGAUCAGCAUGAUUUCCAUGGCUUCAUCAGAGAGUACUGUGGCAGGCCUGAUGAGCCUCUCUGCUCCACCUUCUGCCUCCUCUUCCUCAUCAGUGGGCGACAAGGACACAAAUGCUUCUGGCAGUGCUCAGACUUGGAGUGGUAAAGGUCAAGGUGGAUCUGAGCAGCAGUCACAGCAACCACAGCAGCAGCCUAACCAUGAGGUCCACGCCCCAGCUAAGGUGUCGCUGAGUGAGUACCGUGCCAAGAAUGCUGACGUCCUGGCUGCCCAAAAGAGAAAGUUGGAGAACAUGGAGGCCAGCGUAAAGAGAGAUUAUGCCAAUGCAGCUCAGGCCCUCAUUGGCCAGCAACAGAGGAAGGAGAAGCAGCAGCAUCACCAUCAUCCACCCAGCGCUUCCUCUGACAUGUCCAACCCAUCACCCAUUAUUCUUAAAAUCCCCUUGGAGAAGGAGAGGCAUGACUCUCUAAAAAUGCGCUUCCCAGUUGCUGGAGGAUCAGGAGGAAGCAGUGGACACAGCAGCAGUGGUCGAGGCCAGGAUCCAGACAUCAAAGUCAAAAUCCGAGUGCCUGACAAGCAGAGGGGGACUUCAGGAGAGGAUGGCAAAAGCAGGGACAAGCACAGGGAGCGUUCUAACCACCACCACCAUUAUCAUCACUCUCACCACCACCAUUCCUCUUCCAGUAGUGCCUCACUUUCUUCUUCACACAAACAUUCAUCUAGUUCCAGCGGCACGCUGGGAAGCAGCAAAAAAGUACCAAGUGACUCCUCUAGAACAAGCUCCUCAUCCUCGUCCUCAUCCUCGUCUGCCUCACGCAAGAGGACACACUCCCAGGAUCCUUCAGCAGGAUCUCACCCACCCUCCAAAGUGAGCAAGUCUAGGAAUCCCUACCAGUUACCUCCCCUGUCUUCCUCCUCCGGACAAAUUUUGGGGCACGGUUCUGACAUUCUUCCGUCUCUGGGACUCCCCCACCACCAAGGAAGCUAUUCGCAUUCCAAAAGCGACAAAACUGACACUAAUGGUCACAGUUCAGCUGGCGGAGCCCAGUCCAACGAGUACCAGGACACUUUUGAGAUGCUAAACUCACUGCUGAGUGCACAGGGUGUGCAGCCGUCCCAGCAGUCUAUGUUUGACUACAGAUCUCAGUAUGGUGAUUAUCGGUACUCGAGCAGCUCCAGAGGAAACAACCCUAGGCCCCCUCCCCUGCCCACGGAGCCGCCUCCCCCACUGCCGCCUUUGCCCAAAUAAGUUUCUAAUCAGGAAACCACAUUAUGUACAUUUUACUUGACAUCUUGAUCAUCUUGUUACAUAAAGUGUUGUAUGAUAUUUUCCAGCCACCCAACAUUUUAUAGUCUUCAGUGUGACAGCAGAGAAAUGUACUGGGGGUAACAAAGGAUUUUAUGGCGUACUCGUGGGGCAAUAAUGGGACUUGCAAAAUGUGAGACAAGAAGAAUCAUGGGAAAGUGUAGAUAGUGUUUUGUUUUUCUUUUUGAAAAAUUCAAAUGAUAUGUGACAAGAAGACGGGAAUUAGAGGAUGUCAAUGUGUUUGGAAAAAUUUCCAUGACAUACCUGGUUGGUCUUCUUACUGAUUCUUUUUAUAAUGUUUUUAUAGGGUGUUAUUUAUUGAUCAAAUGAUUCUAAAAAAGAAAAAAUGUCCCCUUUUUCUACCUUUUUUUAGGGUUAAACCUCUGUUCUUUUGGAACAGAUGGUCAUUUCUUUAAGACUGUACAGCCUAGUUAGAGUGCAUGUCUCCAAAGCCAUCUUUUCGAUAUAUUUUUUACUUUAUUUUAUUUUUCCCAUUUUUAUUUUUUCUGUGAGCCAUAAAAUGGCUUCAUCCCUUAUGUAUAUGUUAUAUUUGCUGUGCUAUUUGGUGAUUUGAGGAAAAAAUGUAAAAAAAAAAUGUUUAAAACAAACAUUGGAACCUUUAUAUUUGCAAAUUUGCAAAAAAAAAAAAGGAUGUAAAUUAGGAAAAGCUUGUACUUUUCACUUUAAGUUUUUAAGUCUUGCAGUCAUUGUUUUAAAUGGUUGUAAAAUAUUCAUAUUUGGUUCUUGAAUGGAUACACUAAGUUCAUGGCAAGAACAUUCAUCUGUUCACAAACGGUUGAAACAUCUGUGCGCUUUGGUCACAAUGAAGGAAAUUCAACAAAAAGAGCAUCUAUCUAGACUAUUUCUCUUUCCUUAUUGUUUUUCCUCAGGAGUUCAUUUUUUUGGGGUGAUCACAGGUAAAUGCAAAGACAAAGAAAUAAGCAUCAUAUAUGGAAAUGUAUAAUUUUCAGAAGACAAGAAAUUAUGUCAGGAAAAACUUCUUCCCAGAUUUGCUAGACCCUAAUAAGCACAGUAUACAGAGUUUUAACACAGUAUAAAAGUUAAUAGCUCAUCUGUUUUUAUCUAAUUGUGGGGAUGUUUUAAAAGUGUAAACCCUAGUGUAGCUGUCACUUCACUCUGGUCUGAUUUAAUCAUGUUAAACUUGUCUUUCGAGUGCAUUCCUCUAAACUAAAUUGGUGGAUAUUUAACUUUGGUUUGUUUUAUUAUCUGCCCACAUGCCAUCAUUCAUCAUAAAAACAUGUUUGCAUGUUUUCUGUGGUUGUACAGAAUCAUAUGUGACCAGCAGGUUAUUUAUAUACCUCCACUUCUUGAGCAUGAAGGCCAAUACCCAGAUUUUGUUGGCAAGAUAAGCAGGUUAUUGCCUAUUCAUAAAACUUAAUUGUUUAGGAUUAGUGCUCUUAUUUUACAGUAAUGUAGCACAGCAAAUCAGCCGUCCAGCUGUAUAUUUUACCCCCUUCAUAUAUUUGAAAAUGUGCUUGAAAAGAGAAGCUUCUUGCUCAUGCAGCAGAGGUUUUAUUAUUCUUGGUUGUAACAGGGAAACAGUAAAUGCACUGAAUAUUUAUCUCAGUAGGUUUGCCUACAAUGCAAUUGACAAAGUGUUACGUGUAUAAUGGUUAGACUAAUAGAUUUUCUGGUGUGAAAUUGCCACUGUUUUUGAAACAUUUUGUUUAAUCUGGGCAAAGCUUCCAUUUUAAGUAUUACCAUUUUGUUGUGAACAAGCCACAAAAAGGACACAUUUCAUAUUAAAACCCAUAUGUAAGAAAAAAAGGACGACACUCAUGCAACCUAACAAUGCAAAAAUCAUAUAGCUACAAUAAAUUUCAUGUGUUUUCAUGUCUUGGUGUUUUCAGUGACACUCAGGUCUGAAAAAGAAAAAGUUUUGAGAUUUUUUUUUUUCCCCGUUUAAAAUAUGUGAACACUGUUCUUUUUUUUUAUAUAAUGUGGUUGCUUUAUUCUCAAAGUCAAUAAAAAUAUUUUAAGAAAGUGCUGCUUUUGGCUCAUCAAUAACAUUGCAUUUUAUAGGUGAAUCAAUCUAUGCCAGGGGUGUCAAAUGCGGUCUAGGAGCUUGAUCUGCCCUGAAAGAAGAUCGAGUUUUACCCAUUAUAUUUUGCAAAAAAAAUAUGUUUGA